AUGUUCCGUCUCGUGGGAUGGCGACUUACCGCCAUUGUGACUUCUACUCCGCUGCUGCAGAAGGCAAUGACUGCCGGCAAAACGCCGCAGGGACCCGUUGCUGACCAGCCUGCGAAGCGGCGCAUCGGCACAGUCACGUCGUUUAUGCAUCGCCGCGGUUAUGGCUUUCUCCGCGAGGUGGAGCCGCCUGCUGCAAAGAAGAAAGACCCCCGCAAGGCUGCCGCGGCCAUACCAGCGAACACCGACUCCCCAGGGAGUGAUGUGGCGUCCACUUUCUUCUUCCCGCGGUCGUCGCUGGACGGCGGGUUUUAUCUGACGGAAGGACAGAUCGUGGCGUUUGAUGUCCGGGUGGCGCAGCCCAGCAAAAAACUCAAUACGCGCCUAACGGAGGCGAACUCAGCUUUUUCCGCUGACGCUGCCUUAGCGUCUGCAUCUGCAGACAGUUCUGACGAGACGGUGAAUGGUGAGCGGUCAAGGCAGCUUUCUGUUGCCCACCGCAUUCGUCUGUACGACGCCCUUGACGGUAAAGAAAAGUCUGUGACGCCCAUCAUGCUCUUUGGCUACGUCGACAGCUGGGAUCCGCUUGCCGGCACAGGCGUCAUUGCAGAGUUGGACCUCUGUGGUAGCCUACACGACGAUGCCCCCCGUUUCACCGUCAGUCUCGAGGACUUGGACCUCGCAGCGGGAUCGGAGUUGCGACGCGGCCGUUACGUGCGCUUCUGUCUCGAAGCUGGGGACCGUACUGCCGCACGGCGUGUCAUCGUGGACCGCAGCGCGGAGAAGAAACACGCAGUGCGGUCAGAGGCUGCCACGGGCGACACGGCUGGUGCGCCUGAAUCUCGUUUCUACGGCACAGUGAGGGAAAUUGUGGAGGGCCGCUUUGGGUUUAUUCUGCUCGACGGCACGGGAGAGUCCGUGUUCUUUCACCUGAGCAACGCCGAGGGCGACGGCGUCAAACAGGGCGACACCGUCUCAUUUAUUAUGCGUGAGGUGACGCAGGGAAAGCACGCGGGGAAGCGCACGUGUGUUCGGGUGCGGCGGUGCACCGGGCGAAGUUCUAAAAUGCCAGCCGGAGCUUCCGCCAACGGGCGCCAGUCGCGGGCCGCGUCAGACCCCUUCGACGAGGACGACUUUGAACUGCUCGACUGA